AGUCUAAAACAUGGAAUCAAUUAAUACGGUAGAGUGAACGAGAGAUCUGUGAACAGGUCUCUCAGCUUCAACACCUAUAUCCACUGCAAUUACAAUUCAACACUCGCAAUUUGUUUAGCAAAGAUGAUGUCCGGCAAUUACACAAGCAUUGAUAGUCAUAAUGUCUCCGGAUCUGUUCCUGCAGUGUCUGAUUCGCCGGCUCAAAUCGCGGUUAAAUUUAAUGAUUCGGAUCUCCAGACUUUUCCGCCUUCCGGAGCUCAAGGGAAGAUCUCGAAGGCUUCCGGUCCUCCUCGGGAUGCUGAUGAUACAUUUUCAAAACCGAGAUCUGGAUCUUCAGAUGAAACCCAAUCAAGUGGUUGGUUUCGAGCAUUUAGUAUCAAUGCUUUCAAACCCUACUUUGACGUUGACACAUCAGACGUUUUAGACAGAAUUAAAGAUUCAGUUCUUCCAUUUAGUGGAAUCUUCAACGAGAAGAAUUCUGAUCGCCCAGAUCUUUACGGACCAUUUUGGAUAUGCACUACCUUGAUAUUCGUGGCUGCUGCUAUUGGUACAUUUGUUACUUAUCUUGCACAUAAGUUGAAGGAUCAAAAGUGGGAUUACGACAUAAAUCUCAUUACAUGGUCUGCUGGAUUGUUCUAUGGCUACGUCCUUGUUGUACCCAUCUGCUUGUACGUGAUUCUGAAAUACUUCUCAGCCCCGUCUGGGCUAGCUCAGCUGUUAUGUCUGUACGGUUACUCCUUGUUUGUCUUCAUUCCAGCUCUGUGUUUGUCAGUUGUUCCGGUGGAUCUUUUUAGAUGGGUUAUUGCUGGUGUAGCCGGGGUUAUGUCAGCAAGCUUUGUUGCACUUAAUCUCCGUAAUCACAUAAAGUCUGCAGGUGAAAGGUGGUUCCUUAUUGUAACCGGGAUCUUUCUUCUGCAGUUGGCUCUGUCGAUUGUGCUAAAGCUCUAUCUGUUCACUGUCAGUGUGUAGGAUUAUACUCGAUAGCUCCAAUAAUACUGAGCGUGAACAUACUAUAGACUAUAGCAAAGAGUUAAUUGGUCCAGUUGGUUGUUUGGGGCUGUUUUCCCCAGUGAACGAAUCGAAAGAUGCACUAUCAUGUAAAAUAUAUUCUAUUAAUUCAAUUUUGAAAUCAUAA